AUGAGUGCGUACUGUAAGUCGUUGAAUUUCACCCAUGCGCAGAGGUCUACAAUGAAGCACAGCAGACCUGGGAAUGAUGUCGAUGAGGAGGUUGAGCCACCAACUUUUGAGGAGGAGCUCAUGAUUCUCGAUGAGGCUGAAGCUGCUGAUGAAGACAUUCUUGUUGAUGAAAGCGAUGUUGUGACUGCCGACACCAAGAUGACUUUUCCCAAAACUUGGUUAAGACCUCCAGUCCUGCCUAUUGAUGUGGCGAACGAGAAACUAGUUUUCCAACAGAUGGAUAUUGACUUUUAUAAGGGUCAAAAGCUGUCGGCUAUGCCCGGUCCUAAUCACAGUCCAGUACCGAUCAUCCGCGUUUACGGAGUAUCGGAGAAGGGGCACAGCGUUGUGGCUCAUAUUCACGGGUUUAUGCCGUACUUUUAUGUUUCUGCACCACAACACUUCAUGGAGAAACAUCUUAUAGAAUUCCGUAGGCAGUUGAACCUUGCUCUUCAUCGGGAACUGAAGGGAAACCAAUCAGAAGGUCUUAAAGAUUUGGUCCUUAAUGUAGAACUUGAGGAAAAGGAAAGUAUAUUCGGUUUUCAUGGUAACGCCAAGUCCAAAUUCAUCCGAAUUGUGCUUGCUCUUCCUCGAUUCAUUGCCACUGCAAGGCGCCUCCUCGAAAAUGGUUUUUCAUUUGGUGUCUUUUCUGAUUGUUCUUACGCGCCUUUUGAGGCCAAUGUCGACUUUGAAACGCGUUUCAUGGUUGAUAUCAACAUGACUGGAUGCUCUUGGGUCGAGUUGCCUGCGGGCAGAUGCCAAUUGGAGGUCGAUAUUGCGUGGAAUGAUGUCACAGUUUACCCCACCGAGGGCGAAUGGAACAAGAUCGCGCCCAUUAGGAUUCUCAGUUUCGAUAUUGAAUGUGCCGGUCGAAGAGGUGUUUUUCCAGUCCCAGAGCAUGAUGCUGUUAUUCAGAUAGCCAAUAUGGUCAUCAGAUACGGUGAUUCAAAGCCUUUUAUUCGAAAUGUUUUUACGCUUAAUACCUGCGCUCCCAUCGUUGGCUCACGUGUCAUCUGCUUUGCAACGGAAGCUGAAAUGCUUUCUAGAUGGGCUCACUUCGUUCGAGAAGUUGAUCCAGACAUGAUUACGGGAUACAAUAUGCAGAAUUUUGACCUCCCCUAUCUAGUGAAUCGAUGCAAUCAUCUGAAAGUGAGUUCAUUUCCUUUCUUGGGACGUGUGCUCGGGUCCAAGUCCGUUGUGCGUGAAAGCCUAAUCCAUUCGAAACAGAUGGGCAGGCGGGAAAACAAGUACGUGUCUAUUGAUGGGCGCAUUCAAUUUGAUCUAUUACAGGUAUUAUUAAGAGAUUACAAAUUGCGAAGUUAUACUCUGAACGCAGUUAGUUAUCACUUCCUAAAAAAGCAAAAGGAAGAUGUGCAUCACAGCAUUAUUAAUGAUCUUCAAAACGGAAAUGACCAAACACGCCGACGUUUGGCCGUAUACUGCCUGAAAGACGCCUACCUACCUCUGCUCCUGUUGGAUAAACUGAUGUCUGUUGCGAAUAGUGUUGAGAUGGCUCGAGUUACUGGUGUUCCUAUCGCCUAUCUGUUGAAGCGAGGCCAACAAGUUAAGGUGAUUUCUCAACUCUUGCGAAAAGCGAGGGAGCACGGUCUCCUCUUGCCAACCCAGAGACCAGAUCAGGGUGACGAGUAUGUGGGUGGGACUGUUAUCGAACCUCGACGCGGCUUCUACAAUGAGCCCAUUGCGACCCUAGAUUUCUCCAGCCUAUAUCCGAGCAUUAUGGUUGCCCACAACUUGUGCUACACGACAUUCUUAAGGCCGGAGGAUAUUUCUGCUUCAGGAGGAAUAGGCGGUCUUUUGGCCAAUUAUAAUCUUGGUCCAGAUGACUAUAUAAGAACACCUACAGGGGCGUACUUUGUCAAAAAACAUAUUCGCAAGGGACUCUUGCCAUGUGUUCUUGAACAACUGCUGGAAGCUAGGAUGAAGAGUCGACUUUUCUAUAGAGCCAAACGUGAAAUGGCUGCAGAAACGGACCAAUUCAGGCGGCGAGUUCUUGAUGGUCGUCAGCUAGCGCUCAAAGUGAGCGCCAACUCUGUCUACGGUUUUACAGGUGCUCAUGUUGGGAAACUGCCCUGUCUCGAGAUCUCCAGCUCCAUUUCGGGUUUUGGUCGGGAAAUGAUUGAAGAAACUAAACGUUUACUAGAAGAAAAAUUUACUACCGGAAAUGGCUAUAAAAGUGAUGCAAAGGUAAUAUACGGCGAUACGGAUUCCGUUAUGUGCAAGUUCGGGGUUUCAACCGUCGAGGAAGCCAUGCAGUUGGGCCGUGAAGGCGCUGAGUACAUAUCUGGCAAAUUUUUGAAUCCCAUCAAGCUGGAAUUUGAAAAGGUUUACUUCCCUUACUUGCUUAUAAACAAGAAGCGGUAUGCGGGUCUCUAUUUUACGAAACCGGAUAAGUACGACAAGAUGGAUUGCAAAGGUAUUGAAACGGUCAGACGAGACAACAGUCCCCUCGUGGCUAAUCUCGUGAACGCUUGUCUCGAGCGCAUCCUCAUUGACAGGGACCCCUCAGCUGCAGUGAGCUACGCCCAGCGCACGAUUUCGGAUCUGCUCUGUAACCGGAUUGAUAUCGCCCAAUUAGUGAUAAGCAAAGAGCUGACGAAAACCGACGAGGAGUACACCGGUAAACAAGCCCACGUGGAACUGGCUAAUAAGAUUCGUAAGCGCGAUCCCGGCUCAGCCCCGCAGCUGGGCGACCGGGUGCCUUACGUCAUUACCUCUGUGGGCAGCAAGAACACCGCCGCCUACGCCAAGGCCGAGGAUCCACUCUACGUGCUGCAGCACAACAUCCCCAUCGAUGCUAAAUACUACCUCGAGAAUCAGCUGGCGAAUCCCCUCAUGCGCAUCUUCGAGCCAAUUCUCGGCGAGGCCAAAGCCAAGUCGGCGCUAUUGACCGGAGAGCAUACACUAGUGAAGUCGGUUGUUCAUUCAAAAGUCGGCCAGUUGUCCGCAUUCACGCAAAAGCGUGUAUCGUGCGUUGGGUGCAGGUCCCUUCUUCCUAAGGAUCGUGAAACUGAGGCGCUGUGCACAUACUGCCAGCCACGGGCCUCCGAGAUUUACCAGAAAGAGACGGAGCGACUGCGCUCAUUGGAGGCUCGCUACGCUCGUCUUUGGACCGAGUGUCAGCGCUGUCAAGGCAGCAUCCACGAGCAGGUCAUCUGCGCUAGCCGUGAUUGUCCAAUCUUUUAUAUGAGAACAAAGGCACAAACUGACCUUGAUGAACAUGUUAACAUUAUAAAGCGAUUUGGAGAACCUUCUUGGUAG